AUGGAGAGCAGAGGCAGUAAUAAUUCUGUGCAGCUGAGGAACUUCUGCGUAGCAGACUUGGAUGAGUUGUACGAGUGGUUGAGCGACGAACAAGUCACAAAGUUCACGACUUGGGAGGCAAUCGAGAGCAAAGAGAGAGCCCAAGAGAUUCUUACCAAGGUGGUAAUUCCACACCCCUGGUUCAAAGCCAUUUGUGUUAAUGGCAGAGCAGUUGGGCAUAUUGUGUUGAAACAGGGAGAAGGAAUUCAUAGUUGCAGAGCGGAGAUGGGAUAUGUCAUCCACCGCAAUUACUGGAAUAGAGGGCUGGCUACUCAAGCUGUUGAGAUUGCGUUGAAGAAUGGAUUGAGUGAACUGAAAGGCGUGGAAAGAGUUGAAGGCCUUGUGGUUCCAGAGAAUGUUGCUUCUGCAAGAGUUCUUGAGAAGGCAGGAUUUCUCAACAAUGGCUUCUUCCCCAAGUACGUCCGUGUCAAAGGAUUCGUUGAAGAUUGUUUUAUCUUCAGCUAUGUUGUACCAUGA